AUGGUGGUGCAAGGCAUAAGAAAGGUGACAGCCGGCCAGAACGGCGUCGGCGCAUUCAUCCUACAAUGCAAACGCCUAGACUUUCAUUACUGCGACUGGGCCGGUAGCUCAAAAGGAAUGAACUCAUUCAUCCGCAACCACCUCCAAAAAUUCGCGUCAGCGAACCCUUCAAUAGAAAUCAGCAUCUCCCCCCGACCGAACAGACACCCAGUAAUCCGAGGACACUACAUCAAUGGCAGGGAGAAGGCGAUCUGCGUGCGGAAUUUGGAACCAAAUCAGGUGCUGAAGAAGGCGGAGUUAUUGAGGGAUGCAAGUGGGGAGAAGUUGAAGAGCGUUAAGAAACCCGUGAAGAGUAUUAAUGAGAGUGUUAGAGGUGUUUGGAGUCCGUAUCAUGGCGGUGGUAUGCAUGUCUGA